AUGCCGUCUUGGCUUGUUAACCUGUCAGGAAGAUUCAAGAAAGCUGCUUUUAAAGAAUUGGUGCAGGGAAAGCCCAACAGCACUGGCAGCUCCGAACGGAUUCAGCUCUCAGGAAUGUACAACGUGCGAAAAGGGAAAAUACAUUUGCCAGUUAACAGAUGGACAAAACGCCAAGCUAUCCUUUGUGGAACGUGCCUAAUUGUCUCAUCAGUAAAAGAAAGCCAGACUGGAAAGAUGCAUGUCCUCCCUUUAAUUGGUGGAAAAGUGGAAGAAGUGAAAAAGCACCAGCACUGUUUAGCAUUUAGCUCCUCUGGACCUCAAAGCCAGACUUACUACAUUUGUUUCGAUAACUUCACUGAAUAUUUGCGGUGGCUUCGACAAGCAUCGAAGGUUGCAUCACAACGCAUAAGCUCUGUGGAUCUUUCAUGCUGCAGCCUGGAGCACCUGCCUGCCAACCUGUUUUAUAGCCAAGACCUCACUCAUCUCAAUUUAAAGCAGAACUUCCUCAGGCUAAACCCUAGCCCAUCCACAAGUAGAGCACUUAAUGAAUUACAAAGAUUCACCAAGUUGAAGAGCCUUAACCUUUCCAAUAAUAAUUUAGGAGACUUCCCACUGGCAGUCUGCAGUAUCCCAACCCUGACGGAACUCAACGUGUCCUGCAAUGCCCUCAGAAGUGUUCCAGCAGUUGUAGGCGAAAUGCACAACUUGCAGACAUUUUUGCUGGAUGGCAACUUUCUCCAGUCCCUUCCUGAUGAAUUGGAGCAUAUGCAUCAUCUCAGCUACAUCAGUCUCUCCUUCAAUGAAUUCACUGACAUUCCAGAGGUGCUGGAGAAGCUGACUGCCAUGGAUAAGCUCUGUAUGUCAGGAAACUGCAUGGAUACCCUGAACCUGCAGGUGUUAAAAAGGAUGCCUCAUAUUAAGCAUGUGGACCUAAGAUUGAAUUCAAUUAGGAGGUUGGAGGCCACUGACAUAGAUUUUCUGCAUCAUGUGACCCAACUGGAUCUCAGAGACAACAAACUGGGGGAGCUGGAUGCAACAGUUUUUAACAAUGUUGAAGUGUUACACUGUGAACGGAACCAGCUGGUAACCCUCAAAAUCAGUGGCUAUUUCCUCAAAGCACUGUAUGCUUCCUCCAACGAACUUGUUCACCUUGAUGUGUAUCCUGUUCCUAAUUGCCUGGCUUAUAUGGAUAUUUCUAGAAAUCACCUGGAAAGCCUGCCUGAGUGGGUGUGUGACAGCAGGAAACUGGAAGUGUUGGACGUUGGCCACAAUCAGAUCCGUGAGCUGCCUGCCCG